AUGAACAUUUCUAUCAGCAAAACCAAAUGUAUGACAAUCGCGAAGGAUCCGCUCAGAUGUAAGCUGGUGGCGGAGGACAAUCCCAUAGAACAAUUCAGAUAUCUGGGCAUAGACAUAUCAAGUACCCACGACCCAGUUAAAGAUCUAAGAAGCUGGAUAGUCUGGUCCAACCCGUACUUGCGUAAAGAUAGCAAAAGUAGAAUCUACAAGACUUGUAUCAGACCCAUCAUCAUGACGUACGGCACGGAAGUCCGCGAGGACACCAACAAGACGAAACAAAUGCUGAGGGUGGCCGAGAUGAAAACACUGAGAACAAUAGUGGGGAAAACAAGAAGAAACAGAGUAAGAAAUACAGAUGUCAAAGAGCAAUGUGGUACAACCACGUAA